GAAGAGAAAUGCUAUUUUAACAAUGGCUGACAAUAGCACACUUGUGGCUGAAACUGGGAAGAGCAUCUUGGCAGAUUCUUCUAUUCUUGACUCCAGAAUUAAUGAAACUUCCAAGGAAAACAUAUUCACUCGAUUUACUUCAGAUGGGGAAGAGGAAAUGCCCCAAGUUGAAACCAGGGUUGUUCUAGUUCAGGAAGCUGCAAAAUCUGAAGAACUUCUGAAAGCUUUAGAGGAAAUAAAAGUGCCCUACAUAAAGACGGAGACAGUGGAUGAGUAUCAGGACUCUGAAUCACUGGAGUUUGAGACGAUUUUUGUGGUAGCAGAUUUUCAGCAUUCUGUUUUCAAUGAAUUGUACAAGGCAGACUGCAGAAUCCUUGGGCCUCCAGUAGUAUUGCAGUGUGCCAGAAAAGGCGAG